AAAUAUCCCAACUUUAAUAAUAUCUUCCUCUUUUAACAAAAUUGAAGAAACCCUAACCCUAGAAUUGCAGUCAUGGCGUCCAGAAAGAAACAAUUAGAAGGAAUCGCAUUACUCUCAAUGUACAACGACGACGACGAAGAAGACGAUGAAGAAAUGGAAGAUCUCCAUUACCAACAACCACACAACGACAUGGAGGAAGAUGCUCCGAACGAUGAUAACGCCAUGGCUACCGAAGCAGAAGCAGCUGCCUAUUGUCGAAAUUCAACUCCCAAAGGAGGACUUUUACGGCCUUUGAAGCCGCAGCAGCAAGGAGGGACUAUUAAUUUGGAAACAAAAAGAAGUAACAGGAGAGGGAGGCUUGCUAUUGUUGAUUAUGGCCACGAUGAAGUUGCUAUGUCCCCUGAACCCGAGGAAGGGGAGUUUGAAGAGAAGCUUCAAAGUGUCAAUGGUGUUAUCCAAGAAAAAUCUUCUCCAGGAACUGCUCAUUUUUUAUCUCCCAGUUUUCAAGCAACUCCACAAUCAUUUGAAAAUUUAGGACCAUCACAGCUUGAUGAAAUAAAUGAUACCACUAAUGAAUCGGAAGCUGUCAACACCGAAGGUGCUAAUGAGGUUCCUGCAGAGGGUGUUAAUCCAUUUGAUAAAUUUCUUCCUCCACCACCAAAAGAGAAGUGCCCGGAGGAGUUGCAAAAAAAAAUUGAUAAAUUUCUUGCUUUGAAGAAAAUUGGGAGAAGCUUCAAUGCAGAAGUCUGCAAUAAGAAGGAUUAUAGGAACCCUGACUUCUUACUGCAUGCUGUGAGGUAUCAAGUUAUUGAUGAGAUAGGAUCUUGCUUCAGUAAAGAUGUAUUUGACCCUCAUGGAUAUGACCAAAGCGACUACUAUCUUGAGCUAGAGGUUGGCAUGAGGCGUGAAAGGGAGAGGAAGGAGCAAGAGUUGAAGAGAAGUACAAAGGUCGAAUUUGUUAUGGGGGGGACUCAGCCUGGAGUGGUUGUACCUCCAACAAAGUUCAGUAUGCCUAUUCCAGUUGUCACCGCUAGUGGGAUGCGUCCAUCUUCAAAUGCAGCUGAUGCAGCUCCUUCUGAGGUUAGACAGAACAAGAAGUCAAAAUGGGACAAGGUGGAUGGUGAUGGAAGGAAUUUACUAACUGGUGGACAGGAUUCUUUAGCUGCAGCAGCGGCAGCUCAAGCAGCACUAUUAUCUGCAGCUAAUGUUGGUUCUGGAUACACAGGUUUUGUGCAGCAGAAACGGCGAGAGGCAGAAGAAAAAAGAUCUGGAGAACGGAAGUUGGAAAGGAGAUCUUGAGCAUUUUGUCAUACGCUUCUGCAAUGAAUUCAGGAUAUACCAUUUUGGGGAUGGACGAAAUUGCUCUGGCUUGAAGUGUAAUAUAGCUUAUAGCAUGAGGUCAACCUCUUCUGCUUGCUGUGCACGUGUAUGUGAUCAGCUGGCUGGUUUUUGCAGUGAGCAAACCAUGGUUAUAAAACACGCCCAGCCUCGUUGGCUUUUUUUUUUUAUCUUUUUCAGUUCAAUGUUGAAUUGAAACGAAACAAUGUUCAACUUGUGUCCUGGGUAAUGAAAUUGGUGGUAGGAUGAAUAUUAUGUUCA